AUGCCAAACCUUCCAUCCUCCGCCCCCAGCAUAUUGUAUAUCCAAUGUUGUAUUUGUUUUUUAGAACACAAUACUAACCCAGAAUCUUUCCAGUGCUCUUGUGGCCAUCGUGCCUACCAAUGUCCCACUUGCCAACAAAUCAGCUUUAAAACCCAAGGACAUAUCGAGUUGCAGAAUUUGAGUCAGAGAUCGAUGUCAAUGCGAAGAAACAAGAAAUAG